AUGAAUGGAAUCGUUAAAAGUAACGAUAUUAAUAAUGUAACUCAACCAAAAAUUAAAGAUGCAUUUAUUAAGGCUAAAACGACUAAAUACGAUACUCAAUACCCUUGUCAAAUUGAAUUAAAUAAUAUGAUAGUAAAUUAUUUAAUAAUAGAUCUUGGUUUGUCACUAUCGAUUGUCGAACGUGCCACAUUUUUACGAGCCAUGAGUAAAGUUGAUUCUAAAUUUCAUGUUCAAAGUCGGCGAGGUAUCUAA